AUGCUAGACAUGGCUGAUCAUGAUCAGGCUGACGAACACAGUCAAGCGGACUCGGCCAAGGUCCCGACGGCAAAAUGGGGUGCGGCUUGCGCCGCUUGCGCCAUGGCCAAGGCCAAGUGCAUUCGGUCCAGUCCCGACGCGGGAGCAAAGUGCGACAGGUGCCAGCGACUGCGUAAAGAAUGCACGGGACAGGUUCAUCGGCCGCGCAAGAAGCGGCAGGCAAAGCCAUCUCGAACUGCUCAAAUAGAAGAGAGACUCAACGGCCUUGUCAACCUCCUUCAGGCCUCUGGGGAACUGUCUCACACCAACGGCCGCUCCUCGCUCACCACUCUGAGCGAUGUUGCUGCCAGAGAACACACGGCCAUGGCGCAAGAUACGCCGUCGGCAAGCUCUGCCGCCUCCGGCCAUGCCUCCACAAGCUCCUGGGUCAUCCCCGAGACGUAUAAUAUACAUGGGAUUCCGGGAUGCCUCUGUCGCCCAGAGCCCGGCAUUGCCCCCCCUCCCCCCGAUCCCGACGACGUGCUUCUGGAGUGUUUCCGGACGCAGUUGCAGCCGGCCUUUCCUUUCGUCAUCGUUCCCCCAUCAGUCAGUGCUGCCGAGUUGCAGACGUCGAUGCCAUUUUUGAUGGCUGCCAUCAGGAUGGUCACCUCUGUCAAGAGCUGUAGGUCUAUGAGCGCGCAGAUGUUCCGACUGGUGAGCCACGUUGCCGACCGCGUUCUCUUGCAAUCAGCGCGGUCUCUCGAGAUCUUACAAGGUAUCGUCGUCAUGAUCGCCUGGCAUCACUAUCACUGCCUCAUGCAUUCUCAGGUGAAUAACCUGCUGGCCUUGGCAUCAAGCAUGGUUGCCGAUCUUGGCCUGAACUGCGUCCCGGUAGUGCGUGACCAGGCGAGAAUUGUGGUCGGAAUGCCAGCUGAACCUUCUGGCCGCACAAACGAUGAAAGGAGAGCGCUUCUUGCCGUUUGGUUUUUGACAUGCAAUUUGUCUCUCACGUGCAGCAGGAUAGAGCCCUUAAAGUAUACACCCUACAUCCAGAACUGCAUCCGCGUGCUGGAAAACGAGAGAGAAUACGAAUCAGAUAUGGCCCUUGUCUAUAUGGUUCGGAUUCAGCGUUUAACCGAGCGCAUCGUCGAGAUUACUGCCAAGGAUAGGGGCGAGGAAGAGAUUCCUGGUAUUCCGUCAGCCCCCAUGUCAGCAUACAUACCAGCAUUGCAGAGUGAAAUAGACAGGCUCCGUAGUAGGCUGCCUCCGAAGCUUCGAAACGACAGCCUUUAUCUGAACUAUCUCCAUACUGCAUCGCUGUUCCUGUACGAACCGCCAGCUGUCGAUAUAGAUCUAGUCAACUCUCUUGCACAAUCUAUUACCGCAGGCUCGAUCGGUCAAGGCACCCAACUUGAUAAGCUCUACCUAGCCAGCACAGCCAUUCGAAGUUGGUUUGAGAACUGGUCCUUGAUCCCCGCGUCGUCAUACUUCCGAAUUCCUGUCUGCAACAUGUCUCAACUGAUUUAUGCUUUGACCAUGUUGGGCCGAUGGGCACAACUGGCGACACCGAGAACAGUCUAUGAAGAGGGCACGCCGAUGCCCGUCAGCGAGAGCGGUUCCAUGUACGCUUCGGAUGCUCACAUGGCCACCAAUGCAGUGUCUGAGAGAAAAGCCGCCGUUCGAUUUGGUUCUGGCGAGCAAAGGACGUACCAAGGGAGCGAUGCAGAUCUUGUCCAGGCCGUGGCCAGCUUGCAAUUGCAGUUGCAGUCACAGCCAGGAUUGGGCAUCAAUAUUCCCGAGAUCCUGUCAACCAUAUGCGAGAGGUGUGAACAAGCCAAUCACCUGCUACAGCAGACCUUUCCGGGGGACGAAAAGGCGGAUAACAGCAUGUGGACGUUCUGCGCCCUCAAAAUUCGCAUCACGCGUAUGAAGCUGGAACGAUGGGCCGAGGGGGUAGCUGCCGCUGCCGAGAGCUUCGGCAGGGUAGAUCAAGGGAAUCAGGCCCAGCAAUGGCGAGGUUCCUACCCGCAGACACCAUCUGCGACCACGACAAUCCCUUCGGGAGUGCCCGUCAACAGUGGAUUCGCACAGGAUCAGACUCAAAUCCAGAAUUUCUUGGAAAACACAAUAUGGACUUCCGACAUGUUGGACACAAUGGACACAAUAGACCCAACGGUAUGGUUUGACGGGUAUCUAGACUGGGGUUCGCUGGUAAUGAACCCCAUGGGCACUUCUCUGGGUGCUGCAGGACCUCAGGUCUGA